CUUCAAAAUUAAAUAAAAUGGGAUUUUUUCCAAAAAAUUAAUAUCAUGAUAAAUAUGAAAUUAAGGGGCAUUAUCCAUAACAGUUAUGUUUCUUUUUAAUCGGAUUGCUCUAAAAUCAUUAAAUUGUUACGCAAGGCUAUACAGGUGAGAUCUGCUGAUAAAAAUAUUUUUGUUCGAUUUUGGUUCGUUAGAUGUUUAUUUUAUUUUUUAUUUUAGCUCUGGUAAAAAGUGCCCUUACGAUGUUCUCAAACUGCGUAAAAACUGUACAGACAAAGAAAUCAAAGAAGCAUUUAUUAAGAUGAGCAAGGAAUACCACCCAGACAAGAACAAGGAUGCUAGGGCACAGGAGAAAUUCGUGAGCAUUGUGGAAGCAUACAAUGUUCUCGGGAAGCCUAGCAGUCGUGCUCAGUAUGAUGUACUCUCGAGGAGCAAUUCGUCUGCAUAUGUUCAGAGAACACAUGUCCCAUGGAACUUGCGCAAUAACCCCGCCUACCACCAAUACCAAUAUCAAUAUCAAAAUCCGGAGCCCAAUACUUCACAACAACCCAGAAAAGAGAAGUCAUACUAUGGUGUGUCCGGAGUCAAAAAGAUGCCGAAUUACAUGAUCAUUGUUAUCUGCUGCAGUUUUGCGUUGGUCGGUCUUGUUAUACAGAUGUAUGUUAUCAGACAAUCAUUUCUGUUACACCGGGAAAAUAUAAAUGAGCAAUCCAGAAUAGCAGCUGAAGAGUUGGAUAAAGUUCGUGCAAAAGCUGAAGAAAAUGGAAAUGAGUCUGGGCCUGUUUUACGUGAAAAUGUCCAAGAAAAUGUCAGUGCGUCCACGUCCAGCUAUACACACCAUCCUCUUGGCGAUCUAGGAGGACUCUUUGGAGAUCUUUUGUUCCUACCGGAGUCUAUGGAGGCUUAUCAGGUCGAGUCCGAGUCCAAGAGCUUUACCGUGCUGGCCGAGGUUCUUCCGCCAGAGGACGAAGUUGAGUUACAAACACGCCUUUUGCUGGAGAAAAUUGUAAACGGAGCAAACCCCACCGUCGCCACCGCGUCCCUUGGACAAGAGCUCGCUACAGAGAAAAAGGAUUCUCCCGCAGACCGAGUCCUAACAGAAUACGGGCUGUCUGAAGACAACGGCGGUGAUUGGUACACGUCUUCCUUCAGAAGUAAUAUAAAGAAAAAUCCACUGGGUUUGGCGUUUGAAUUUGAAACUUGGUUCGAGUAAUUAGUGCGUGUAAAAUGUAAAUAAUAACGAAUAACUUAAAUUAAAUUAUUUCUUAAAAGUCAA